AUGCCCGGGCGGGGGGAUGUCCUGGGAACGCUGCUGCUGCUGGCGCUGACCACCACCAAAGCCGCUCCGCUGCGGGACACUACCCCGACCGGCUCCACCUCCUCCGCCACUGCCGCCUCCACCUCCGCCACCACCGCCGCCUCCGCUCCCACCGCCGCCGCCACCACCGCCUCCGCCUCCGCUGCUGCCACCACCACCACCACCCCCGCCACCACUCCCACCGCCACCCCCACUCCCUCCGCCGCCUCCACUGCCACCUCCACCGCCCCCGCCAGCGCCACCCGCGCCCUUGCCCCCCUUGCCCUUGCCAAGGCGGCGUCUCCCGCUAGGGGCAGACGCCGCGCCGACCGACUCAAGACCAAGCAGGUCGGCAACAGCAGCAGAGGCAACAGAGGGCAGCAGGGGGGAAGGAGAACACCCCUCAAAGAUGGGGGUGCGCGGGUCACCACGAGAGGCUCCUACAGCGACUAUGCUCUUCUCCGCCGCUAG